AUGGCAGAGAACUCACAGAAUGAAGCUCGAGCUGACGGUGUGUCGUGGUAUGAGACGGAACUUCGGGACCUUCAGUCAGCAAACCAGGAGAUUGCCUUCUAUGUGAACAAAUAUCAUACUCCGGCAGGCAACGGGGCUUCUACUUCAUCGGACCCCAAUCCUCAGACUGAUGUUCCCCGACUCUCGUUCGCACUUCCUCAACAUAUAUACACUUCGCUCGAUCCAUUUGUCGCCCUGCCCCCUAACGUUACAGAGUACGAGAGAUUGAGAAUUCAAGUGUAUUCGCAAUAUCUUGGCGGCGGCCUGUUCGGGGUCAAGGAUACUCCUCGCUAUUCACCAACAGCUGCAACUGGAAUUCCAACAUCCAUCUAUUCCGAUGUCGGGCGGGAGUGGAUUUGCAUUUUGGUUGAUCAUACCUUGAAUGCCUUUCGAGAUGGUGCACAAUCUAAGGAGUUGGUUCGUCAGAGAGCUCGCGGGUAUCAACAUUUGAACGAAGCCAUCCGCAGGCGAAAUGAGAAUUUCCAAGGAGCUCUAAUGGCGCUCACCAUCUGUGGACUGACAGAGUAUCGCUUUGGAACCACACACUCCCGCAACAUGCACGCUACGGCCGUCGAGAGAUUUCUAAAAUCUCAACCAUCCCUCAGAGAGGUUCUGGCAGCAGCACCCAACGUAGAACCCAUUUACAUCAGUGGGCAAUUCGGCUUCGGCAGAUGUUACUUUCAGAACUUUGAGAAACUGGAGAAAGUUAAAAUGCAAUGGAAGGCCGACUUGUUGAGCAUUUUAAAUAGCCCUUGGCCCACUCUCCACUAUCAAGCCAGUUCUUCUUCCACAGAUAUCGUGUACCGACAAUAUCUGACCAAGGCUCUCAGGCUUGGUAGGAUCGUUGUUGCAUCGACCAAAACCAUUUCGCCACCGACUGUGUUCGCUGCGAGCAUGCAGUUGAAUCUUCUGACUGAAACGGCCUGGACACUCCGACAGUUCGGAGAUCUUUGGCAUGCAGCGCUAAAGUUUAUCAAUCGUGUCGAAUUCAUAUCCGAGGGCAGCCUGAUCGGAGGUGUGUUCGGAGACAAAUCAUUUGACCUUCGUGGUGCAGCACUUGCGACGAUGGUGAGCCGUGCUCGUCGAGACGUGUUGGCAAAUUUCUAUCCGGAUCAACUCGCAGAUUCUGAUUUCUUGGUUACGAACAUGCAUAUGCAUGCCCUACAGAUGUUCCAAUACUUGGAUCCCGACGGUCGAGCACUCCUCCUUUCGAAGUUUAGCCAGUGGCUUUUAUCAAUUGAUAAACCGACCUUCACUCCACUUAUGUCUGAUGCUCAGAUAUCGAGCCUGGAAGCCCAGAUCAAUGCGACAUGGUUUCAAGACCAUGUGUCACCUUGA